UCGACUCCCACGCCCUGAGUCCCGGCUCGGAAUAAGUACUGUGCGCCGUAGUCUCCUGGGAAUUUCUUUCUCGCUUUGUCAUUUUUGUUUGUUUGUUUCUCGGUUUGUUGUAUUUCUCUCGUUUCCUCUGUUAGCUCACUGUAACGCAGACUCAACGAGAAGUGACCAGACGCAGGCGGAGACGGGAGCGAGCGUUUACCCGGAAGUGAAAGCCGUCCCGUGUCUGUCGGGCUGAAACUUAACGGAUCCCCGAAGGUUCCGACCUCAGAAAGGCGAAAGCUACGGUCCUUCCAUUUUCUUAGAUGCUGAGAUGAAUCGUCACCUGUGUGGUUGGCUCUUUAGACAUUCCUGUCUUAACAGUCAUGGCCAGUGCUACAUCCACCCCCAUUCUCAUCAGUUUACACAGAAACAUCUUGAUACAAAGCUUUGGGUUUUUAGACAAAACAGGAAUCACAUUCUCCAUCAUCUGUUAAGUAAGAAUCAGUCCAGGAGAUGCUAUCAUCAGGUCACCAGGAUGUUCUGGAAGCAUAAAGCACUACAGAAAUAUAUGGAGGACCUGAAUGAGGAGUACCGAGCACUUGAUCAGGGUUUGCAGCAUAUCUCUGUGAAUGAAGGGGACCCAAGGUCCUUCAAUCGAAGGCAUGCUGAGUUGGCACCACUUGUAGCCAUUUACCAAGAAAUUCAGGAGGCUGAACAAGCAAUUGAAGAAUUAGAUUCAAUGUGUAAAAGUCUAAAUAAACAAGAUGAAAAGCAGUUACAAGAGCUUGCAGUGGAAGAGAGGCAAACCAUUGUUCAAAAAAUCAGCAUGUUAUACAGUGAGCUUUUCCAGAGUCUAGUGCCAAAGGAUAAAUGUGACAAGAAUGAUGUUAUAUUAGAGGUGACAUCUGGAAGAACUACUGGGGGUGAUAUCUGCCAACAAUUUACCCGGGAAAUAUUUGACAUGUACCAAAAUUACUCAAGCUAUAAACACUGGAAAUUUGAACUUCUGAAUUAUACACCAGCUGAUUAUGGUGGGCUUCAUCAUGCAGCUGCCCGAAUUUCUGGUGACAGUGUCUAUAGGCAUUUGAAGUAUGAAGGUGGGAUUCACCGAGUUCAACGAAUCCCAGAGGUGGGCCUGUCUUCAAGGAUGCAGCGUAUCCACACAGGAACAAUGUCCGUUAUUGUCCUCCCUCAACCAGAUGAGGUAGAUGUGAAAGUGGACCCCAAGGAUCUGCGAAUAGAUACAUUUCGAGCCAAAGGAGCAGGGGGUCAGCACGUUAAUACAACCGAUAGUGCUAUCAGACUUGUUCAUGUCCCCACAGGACUUGUAGUAGAAUGCCAACAAGAACGGUCACAGAUAAAAAAUAAAGAAAUAGCUUUGCGUGUGUUGAGAGCUAGACUGUACCAGCAGAUUACUGAGAAAGACAAGUGUCAGCAACAAAGUGCUAGAAAACUGCAGGUGGGAACAAGAGCCCAGUCAGAGAGAAUUCGGACAUAUAAUUUCACCCAGGAUAGAGUCACUGAUCACAGGAUAGCUUAUGAAGUUCGUGAUAUUAAGGAAUUUUUAUAUGGGGAGAAGUGCCUUGACCAGCUAAUUCAGAGACUGCUUCAAUCAGCAGAUGAAGAAGCCAUUACUGAAUUUUUGGAUGAAAACCUUAAAUCAGUAAAGUAAAUGCUGACUUAUUUAUUACUAUGUAAAUGAAAUGGACCAUAUCAAGAAGCAGACUGAAGCAUGGAAAUCUUUAUUAAUGUUCAUAAAGUGCAACUAAAUUUAUACAGUUCCAACAAAUACAUUUUUUACAAUCAAGUCACAUUUCUUGACCUAAGAGUUUGUUUUAGUUUUCCUGUAAAGUAUAAUCCAGCUCUUCAAAUAGAAAAUAAGCAUGUGUCAUUGAAAAAAGAAAUAAGAAUUGAGAAUUGAUUGUGUGAUUUAGGAUAGGUUGCUUGUUCUCUUUAUGUCUUUUUUUAACCAUCUAUAAAUAAUUUAAACACAGUUUUCAUCUUAUUACUUCAGGACUUUGCCACAUGGUAAAAUUUAGUGAUACAUGGUUUAUAAACUUCUUUUUAAACUCCUAUUCAAAGACAAAAUACUGUUAAUCAUGUUAAAGUUAGGCAUUAAAAUUCUACUUUUAAGUAAAUAAAUAAAAACAGUAAAGAGUCAGUGACAACAGUGAGCAUCUCUAGGAUACUCACUAUGUAUAAGCUCUUUGAGAGCAGAAUGAAUUUUAUAUAGUACAAACUACAAGCCAAUAUUUAAAGAAGCCUCUCUGCUUGGCUUCUAUUUCUUGUUAUUUUUUGGCUUUUAAUGAGCAUCAACAGAUGUGGUGUAAUAUGAGUAGGUCACUGUAAUGGAUUUUGUGCAGUGGUAUAUGGAUAUAACCUAGCUCAUACCUUACAGAGCUUCCAUACAGUAAGGAAGCCAAUAUAUAAAUCACCAACUAACAAAGUGGCAUGAUUUAUUUAGUAAUUGUUCUCAGGAAGUUUCUUGAUUAAAAGAGGGGUUAUUAUUGUUAGGCUGGAGGAAGGAAAAACAAGGACAUGCAAACAGAACAGAGAGAUGCCAUAGGGGGAGAACAGACCAGACCCCAAGGUCCCUGCCGUAUAUGGAAAGGGGACAGCUCUCCCUGAAUUCCAUCCUGAUGUGCCAACUAAGACCCGGAUGUCAGCCUCCUCCUUCUUGGAAGGAAGAAAAGUGUCUAGUUGUCUAUUAUGUCACCUUUAGCCAAUCAUACCUCUCCACGCCCCCUAGGAUAGCUUGCCCACUCCUGCCCCUCCUAAGCCCUUAUAAGCCCCCACCUCCCUGACUGGGUGUCACUUCCCCAGCCUGUAAUACCCAGACUGUGGAACAUCACCUGGGAGUUGUACUCAAAUAAACUACCUGGCCCCUUGUUGCCUCUCUUCGUCUGCUUAUUUUGGCUAAAAUUUAUCUUACAAUUAUUAUUUUAGACAUUCCUUAGAGGGGAACUGUAUGCCAGGAAAGAUUAGCUCAAAUGGAGUUUUAAGACCAGUGGAAUUAUUUGGAGGUAAAGAUGAGAAUUUUUUUCCCAAAAUUUUUAUUUUGAAAUUUUUCAAGCACAUAGAAAAGUUUAAAAAAUAAUACUUAAUAGUUCAAUGAACAGUGUACCCUCUAGAUUUAACUAAUUUUAACAUUUUGUCAGUUUUUUUCUCUCUCUGCAUACACAUACAUGUGUGUGGUGGUGGUUGGAUCAUUUAAUAGUUGCAGACCUCAUAACACUAGUCCAAAAUAUUUCAGCAUGUCCUAAGAAUAGGGGCAUUCUAUAAAAUCAUAACUCCAUUAUCACACCUUUCCAUAUAAUAAUAAGUAAUGAUUGUAUAAUAUGCUGUAAUAGUUAUUACAUAUUAAGUUUCUUCAGUUAUCUCCAAAAAAGUCUUUUUUAGCUGUUUUUGUUAGUUUUAUCCAAUCAAGGAUCUAACCAAGAUUCACACAUUGCAUUUGCUUAAGUUUUUGGGUUAAUUCUCCAACCUUUCUUUCCACAUCACAUUGACAUUUUGAAGAGUGCCACAAAGGUGUUUUGUAGAAUGCCCUACAUUUAGAUUUGUCUACUGCUUCCUCAGCCUGUUGUUAACUUUCAUCCAUUCUCUCAAUGUGCUAUAAAGGUAAGUCUAAAGAUUAAUUAAAUUUAGAUGAAAUACAUUUGACAAGACCCUACUUCAUAGAGGAUACUAUGAAAUUCAUAUUGUAUCAUAUCAGGAGUUCCACUAGUAGUGAUGCUAAGUUUGGAAAUUCAAAUCUGUCCAUUGUAAUGGUACACGUUCUCCUGAAUAAUUAGUAUGUAAUCUGUGGUGUAGUACUUUUGCAUCAUAUAAACAUUUGAUCCUCAUUGUGUUGGGCAGCUUUUGAGAUGACCCAUGAUACUGUUCCUGGCAUUCAUGCACUUGUGUAAUCUGCUACCCUUGAACUGGACUGGAUACUCUCUUCUAACAACUAGAAUACAACAGAAGUAGUGGGGUUGUCACUUCUGACACUAGGUUAUUAAAAGAAUUGCUUCUGUCAA